AUGCGCUCCCACUGCGGACGUCGCUUCGGCAACAAGUUGCGGCUGCUGGAGCACUGCCGCGCGCGCCACGGCCACGACAAAUUGCAGUGCGGAGUCUGCCACUUCCAGACCGCCAGCCGCCUCGCCCUGACGAACCACGAGAGACGUCACCGCGGCGAGAAGCCGUUCGUGUGCGAGCGGUGCGGAGCGAACUUCCAUGCAGCCUAUCUGCUCGCACAGCACAAGCACUCGCACCGCACCGACAGGCUGUACACGUGUUCGCUAUGCCCGGCGCGGUUCAAAGCCAACAACUCUCUGCACAUGCACCGCAGCAAUGUACACGGCGGCCCGACGGGUAAGCGGGGCAGAGGGGGCAAGAGGGGCACGGAGGAUACUCGAGGCACUGGGGACCCGGGGGUCACAGCGGACACUCGGGACACGGCUGAUGCUCGGGGAACAGGGGACACGAUAGGACACGGGGCGUAG